GAGAAGACAAAAUGCCGCGUUCCCUAAUAAGAUUAAAACCAUUUAACCUAGGCAACCUAUCAAUCGCAAUUCAAAAAAAACUAUUGAAAGUCAUUUAGAAGUUAUCAUCCGGAAACAUGUUUUAACACGUUAUUGUUAUACAUAGAAUAAACUUUAGUUAAUAUUCAAAACAAAAUCAUGCCCAAACCGCUUAAUACCAUUGAAAAGAAAAUCGAACCGCAAGUUGUCAAAGAUAUACUCACUUCUCAAUUCACAAACAGUAAAACAAAGGUUGCUAAUGAAGUAAUAACCAUGAUGACAGAAUUGGCUAAACUUGUAGUAACUGAAGCAGCUACCAGAGCAGUGCUGCAAGCCAAACAAGACAGAAAAGCAGCAAACAACAACAAAGUCACCUUGGAUCACAUUGAAGCAGUAUUACCACAAUUUAUGAUGGACUUACCCUAAGUUAUUACAAAGUAUUUUCGAUUUUGUUAUUAAUAAUAUAAUAACUAUUUAAAACAUUAAAACAUGUCCAUGUCAUUCCCA